AUGCCUGGUUUCUUCUCUCUUCCUUAUAUGCUAGGCGCACUAGUUGCUCUUGGUGUCGCUCAAGCAUGUUACUAUUACGUUUAUCUUGAAUCUCCCACUGAUUAUUACUACAGAUACUGUAACGUUGGAUGUGCAGGAAUGGACCAAAACGACGAAAACUUCAACCAAUGUUGUCUUCCCAUGACAUCUGGUCAGACUGCACCUGCCGUCUGUGAAACUUUAUCUGCCUCAUGUUCAGCUGCCGGAACCACCUGUACUUGGGGAUCAGCCGCUGUUCCAACUAGUACUCAGCCUUCUGCCAUCGCCACUGCUCCAGCAGACUACACUCCUCCUGCUGUAUCUGCUAGAUCUGCUCCUCCAUCGACAUCAACUGUCUGGGUUACUCAAACUACCACUACCCCUUGUGCUACCCCGACUCCUCCCCCUACUACCUCCCAAGCUUCGGUGCCCACCUCAGCUCCCGAAGAGUGUGUCUGUGGAGAAACUAGUCAAGCUGCUGCUGCCACUACAUCUACCAAAGAUAGUGAAGGUGACGCACCGAGUGCCGACGAUCUUAGCCGACCCAAGGACGGUUUACGACGAAGAGGAAUUAUGAUUCGAAACGAAUGCGUCUGUCCAUCGUCUUCCGCCGCUCCUGCUCCUACGACCGCUCCUGCUCCUGCUCCUGCCCCUGCCCCUCCUGCCGAAGAAAUAUGCGACUGCGGAGAGACCAGUCAAGCAGCUGUUCCUACUACGUCUACUAAGGAUAGUGAAGGUGACGCACCCAGUGCUGAAGACCUCACUCGACCUAUAGAUGGUAGAAGACGAAGAGGAAUGAUGAUUCGUGAUAAAUGCGUUUGUCCUUCUUCUUCUUCUUCUUCCGUUGCUCCCGUACCAACCACUGCUCCUGCUCCUGUCGUCACUACCGCCCCCAGUCCGACCACCGACAAUGCCGGCGUUCCAACAACUGCUCCCGCUCCUUCAGAAUGCGUUUGCGGUACAACAGGUAUUGCCGCUGUCCCCGCUACCACCAAAGGAAAUGAAGGUGAUGUGCCAAGUGCCGACGACCUCACCAGACCUAAAGAUGAUGAACGACGAAGAGGUAUCAUGAUUCGUGAUGAGUGCGUUUGUCCAACUUCAGAUUCCGCUCCUGCUCCCGCCGAGACAUCAUCUUGUGAAGAAUCCAAAGACAGUGCGUCAGCUCCUGCUACUACGCCCAACGGUGAAGGCUCUACUCCCCUUGCACGAGCAUUGGGAGCCAGAAAUACUCCUCGAGGAGAGAACCACAAGAGGGAGACUAACCCCGUCGUCACUGUAACUUCCACUUCAAUGGUUACUACCGAUGAUUGUGCCCCUUCAACUUCUGCAGCUUCACCUCCCGCUACCACUGAAAACGCCUCUGUCCCUACUACUUCCACCCAAGACCACGAGGGUGCACUCCCCGAUCCUACUGAAACUCACGUCGGAAGUGACCCCAGCAGGAAAAAGAGAAAUCUUGGGCGAUGGAGGGACUUUUAA